CAGCACCAAACUUUGACAUUUCUGAUUUCAUACUUUUUGACAUCUGAAAUUUUUCUCUCCUCGUUUUCUCACAAAGUACACUCCAUUUUGCGGUGUUGUUCCACUUCGUUCGAUUUUAAAUCAUAAAAACAAAUCACAAUAAUGGCUGCACAAUUCUUCAAUCGCAUCGGCCAAUUGGGCUUGGGAGUUGCAGUCGUCGGCGGAGUUGUCAAUUCUGCAUUAUAUAACGUCGACGGAGGUCACAGGGCAGUGAUAUUCGAUCGGUUUACUGGAGUGAAACAAGAGGUUGUUGGCGAGGGUACACAUUUCUUUAUUCCAUGGGUUCAACGUCCAAUCAUCUAUGACAUUCGUUCGCAACCCCGUAAUGUACCUGUUGUGACUGGAAGUAAGGAUUUGCAGAAUGUCAGCAUCACACUGCGUAUUCUGUAUAGGGCAAUUCCCGACCAGUUGCCAAAGAUUUACACAAUUCUCGGUCAGGAUUACGAUGAGAGAGUUCUGCCCUCCAUUGCUCCUGAAGUACUCAAAUCAGUUGUCGCUCAAUUCGAUGCUGGAGAGCUUAUUACACAGCGUGAGAUGGUAUCACAGCGUGUGUCCGAGGAAUUGACCACUCGUGCCAAACAAUUCGGUUUCAUCCUGGACGACAUCUCCAUCACACAUUUGACAUUCGGUCGGGAGUUCACAUUGGCCGUCGAAAUGAAACAAGUUGCCCAACAAGAAGCCGAAAAAGCUCGCUUCGUCGUCGAAAAGGCAGAACAACAAAAAUUGGCUUCCAUUAUCUCGGCCGAGGGUGAUGCCGCAGCUGCUGGUCUUUUAGCCAAGGCAUUUGGAGAAGCCGGUGAUGGUCUUGUUGAACUUCGUAGAAUUGAAGCUGCUGAAGAUAUCGCUUAUCAACUAUCCAGAUCCCGAGGAGUUGCAUACUUGCCCUCUGGUCAGAAUACGCUCCUCAAUCUACCAUCUUCUGUUGCUCAAUAAGUCUGACUCUGAUCUGGACGGUCUGAAUGAGUUGCUUAGCAUUUAACACCAUUUCGCAUACAUUAUUUUAAUUUCUACUUAUUUUUAUUUUCUACACGAGUGUAAGAAUAGUUCCAAGAAAAAAAAGAUCGAAACAAAAGUUCAAAACAAUCCGAUUGAAUGCAGAAUAUUGAAGUAUGAAGUUUGACUGUGUCAUAGUUCUGCAGUGCUUACCUUUUUGUCUCAAGAAGUCUGUUGAAAGAGGAAAAGAUUUUUAUUGUUUGAUUUUUCUUUUACAACAGAUUUUUUUGUAGAUUUUUAGAUUUUGAAUGAUUUGUUUGAUUUUUUCCUUUUGUUUAGUUUAUCGAUAAAGACAAAAUUUAAAAUGUUUUCAUUAAGGAAAAAUACAACUGUGCAUUAUCUUUUCGAUAAUAAAAUUAUUAAAAACAAA